GCCGGCGCCGGCCAGCGGCUCCUGCGGGUCUUCAAACUCGGAUGCUCUUUAACUUUAAAAUUUUCCCGCUGGUUUCAGGGAAGCGGCCGGCAGUCUCAGGGAGAGGACACAAGAUUCCUAAGCACAGGUCCGGCGCUGGGGAAAACGGGCUUGGGCCCCGGGUAUCCGCAGUCUGCAGCAGGAGAUGCUCUAGCCCCAGACGAGCGCCUUCCUGGGCCCUCCCCGAGGUGGGAGACACGGGCCCCGCCUUCCGAGAGCCCCUCCAGAGAAGAUGACUCAGGACCGGCCUCUGCUUGCUGUGCAGGAGGCCCUGAAGAAGUGCUUUCCGGUGGUGGAGGAGCAGCAGGGCGCGUGGCAGAGCACCCUGAGGGACUGCCGGCCCCUCCUGGCCUCCCUCAGCAACCUGGCGGAGCAGCUGCAGGCGGCGCAGAAUCUGCGGUUCGAGGAUGUGCCGGCGCUGCGGGCCUUCCCAGGUUUAAAGGAGCGGCUGAGGCGCAAGCAGCUGGAGGCGGGUGACACUGUCCUGGACAAGCUAGGCGAGAGGCUAGCUGCCCUCCUCAAGGUGCGUGACACUGUCAGCAGCCACGUGGGACAAGUGCUUCAGAUCUAUGAGCAGCAUGCAGACACGAUCGGCAUUGACGCUGUCCUGCAGGCUUCAGUGGUGAGCCCGUCUGUGGCUGACAUGUUGGAGUGGUUGCAAGAUAUUGAGAGGCACUAUCGAACUUCGUACCUGAAGAGAAAGUACCUCCUGUCCUCAAUCCAGUGGGGAGACUUGGCAAACAUCCAAGCUCUGCCCAAGGCCUGGGACCGGAUUUCCGAAGAUGAACACCAAGACCUGGUACAAGAUAUCCUAUUGAAUGUUUCCUUCUUCCUGGAAGAGUAAGGAAGCUGUGUGUUUAUCUGGAGACCAGGGGGACACAGUUGAAGAACCACAGUGCUGUACUCUGACUUAAGAAAUGUCAGUGUUGCAACUGGACAUAUUUGAAAAAUCGUCUACAGCCUAAGGACUGGCUCUUGGGAGAAUUGUGCUAGAUGUUUCUGGCUUUGGGGCUUCUCCCUGCCAGGUCAUGGCUGAGGGUACAUGAGCCACUCCUCGCCCUUUCCUAAGGCUCAGGGGAGUGGGUGGAGGCGGAGACAAUGCAGGAAAGGCACCGAAGAACACUGGGGACAGAAGCAGUAGCACAGAAGUGGCUGGAAGGAAAGGACGGGAUAAAGAGCAGCAUCGCCCUCUGCGUCAUCCAAAGCUCUGAGCCUGCUUGAUACCAAGUCCUGGUUUUGUGCAUUUGUGUCAACAUCUGAUUCCUUGACGAAUGAGGAAGUGACUUUGAUGAUUUAAAAAAAUAAGCAUGAUGUUGAUAGAAAACAAUAAUUGUUUUCCAAGUACAAUAAUAGCUCCUUGUCGUCAAGCCAAUUUCACUUUCCAGAGCCUACCACCAGGGGGAGGUGGUGCGGCAUGAAUGAUUCUGAGUGCUUCGUUGUGAAGGGUUCCCAUAUUGCUCUUACUACGUGAGAGUAAGUAACUGGGGAUAGUGGGACUCCUCAAAUGACAGGGGGUUUAUGACCAAUGCUGGCAGCUGACUUGCCACUUCCCUCUGAUCUUGAGUGAGGGAACACCAGCCCAUAGUCAGGUGAUCAGGUCUUAUGAUGUGUUCUAGAGACAGAUGAAAGAGAGCCCUGGAAGGGUUUAUAGUUCAACCAGAGAAAGAUCUAAACCAGUGUUUCUCAAGCUUUAAUGUGCAUAUAAGUCCCUGGUGUCUUGUUAAGAUUUAGAUUCUGAUUCUGUAGUGCUGGGGUGGGGUUCUAUACUCUAUUUCUAAUGAGGUUCCAGGUAAUGUUGAUGAUCCAGGGGCCAGACUGAGUUGAAGAGAUUUAAAUUGUAAUACAAUAAUAAAAACGUUGUACCUGAGGUAAAAACAGAAUGCUUUGGGAGAAGAGAGGUGAUAACUGCUGGUGAGAAUGUCAUAGUGACUCUCAGUUAGGCCUGAGGCUGAUUUUCCUUGGGGCCAGGAGAGGAGUGCAGGGCAGUCCAUGCACAGGGUCAGGCUAAGCAAAGUGUGCUGUGUACCAGGCAUUGUGCUUUAUACACAAUUCAAAGGGUAUGAGAGCAUUUUGAUUGAAAAGUUCUCCCCCAGUUACUCAGUUCCCUUACCUGGAGGCAACCAUUGUUUAGUGUUUUUGGCGUAUCCUUCCAAAAAUAUGAUUUGCCUGUACAAGUGCAGUGGUGGGUAACUGCAGAGAUAGCCAGCACCAGUCCCCAAUGAUCUCGCACCCAUGUACAUCUCUUUCCUUCAGUGUGGGCUGGACUUAAAGAUUUGCCUCUAGGGAAUGGGAUACUGCGGAUGUGGUGGAUGUCACUUCUGAAACUAGGUUAUGAAAAGACCGUAGCUUCCAUCUUGGGUGCUGUCACUCGCUGUCUUGGAUCAGUCACCCUGGGGGAAGUCAGCUGCGGUGCUGGGGCAGGCCAUGUGGGAGACAGAUGCCUGCCAGCAACCACCCGAGUGAGCUUGGAAGCAGAUCCUCUCCCCCCUAGUUGACUGCAGGUGAGACCACAGCCCCAGCUGACUGCUUGGCUACAACCUCAUGAGGACCUACGCCAGAGGCAACCAGCUAAGCUGUGCCUGGAUUCCUGACCCAUGGAAACAUAGUAAAUGUUUUAAGUCAUUAAGUUUUGGGGUGAUUUGUUCCACAGCAAUUGAUAACUGAUACAACAAGCAAAUAUGUUUUUGUGUAUUCUCCAUAAUUUUAUACAAAUAGUAAAACACUAUAUGCCCAGUUUUUGUACCUUUUUUUCCUAUUUACUAUAUCUUAGAGAUCAUUGUGUAUGAAUACAUAAAGAGCUUCUUUAA